UUUGUCAUCAGAGGCUGAUGACUGAAUUAGAGGUGGAGAACUAUCGAUGGCACUAUCGACGCUAUCGAUGGUUCGACGCUAUCGCACCGCCAUCGAUUUCAGCCCUGCACUAUCGAUAGUUUUGCACUCGGCGUCUCACAUCACAAAGAAAAUAUAUAGCUGAAAGUGGACAUCAAAAAUAUAGUGGAAAGCAAAAAUAUUGUUGAAAGUGGAAAGCAAAAAUAAGUUAUAGCAUGGAGAAGUUCCUAACAAUUGUGGAAAAAGCAAAACGACGCAGCUCAACUACUCCUAGCAGUGACGUCGAAGUAGCUUGUGAAUGCAGCAGCGCUGACUCGGACGCAAGCGACACACAGCAAGAAGCCCUCAAACGCAAGAAAGGGAUAUCGAAGGUAUGGAAGUACUUUAAGCGAUCUGACGCUAAAAAACUGGCGAAGUGUCUGAAUUGCGGAAAGGAAUAUAAGACGAGUGGCAACACGUCAAAUCUAAGAGAUCACCUAAAACGAUUUCAUCCAGGCAUCGAUGACGCUGUUGCCAAACCUGCAGAGUGCAAUGACUCAAAUUUACCUGCAUCAUCAAGCAGCAGCACAAGAUCGAGCAUGCACUCGAUCUCUUCGUAUUUCAAACCAGCCAUUUCUUAUGAUACGAACUCUAGACGGAAGAGGGACAUCGAUCGUGUAUUAGCCAAGAUGAUCGCAAAGGAUGUUCAACCUUUCAAUAUAGUUGAAUGGGAUGGUUUUAUCGAGUACUCCCAAAUCCUUGACCCAAGGUUUAAAAUUCCCAGCAAAACCCAUCUAAGAGAUGUGCUGGUGAAGGGUAUAUUAGACGAGGCUGUUCUCACCCUAAAAACCAAAUUAAGGGAAACAACUAGUGUUGCUGUGACAUGCGAUUGCUGGACAUCAAGCGCAAAUGAUGCAUUUUUAACUGUGACUUGCCAUUUUAUCGAUGGCUUUCAGUUUCGAACAGCGUCACUCAGCACAGAAAAAUUAAAAGAUGCUACGAAUCAUUCGGCACCAAAUAUUGCUGAAACUUUGAAAGGUGUCUCAGAGCAAUUCAAUGUUUUGGACAAAACAGUGUGCAUUGUGACCGAUAAUGCAAGCGCAAUGCUAAAAGCAUGUGAUAUUUUAAAGAUUCGUAACUUGCCAUGUUUCGCACACAGCUUGAAUCUUGUUGUGCAAGACGCUUUAAAAAUGCAUUCAAUUUGUGCUUGGAAAACUUAUUUGAAAAAUGUAAGACCACUGUCAAAUUUUUUAAGAAAAGCUCUACUGCAAGCGCAAAAUUUAAAAAAGCCCAAGAAUCCGAAAACCCGCUUAGCUUGUUACAGGAAAUGCCAACUAGGUGGAACAGCUUCUACUUUAUGAUAGAGCGCAUAAUAUAAACAAACAAAGCGAUUUCAAAAGUGUUAUUGGCCACAGCAAAUGCACCUCUGCUAUUUACUGCCAAUGAAAUAAUUAUAUUAGAGGACAUAUGCAACCUAUUGGCACUAUUUCAAGAUGUGACAGAGCAAAUUUCCGGCGGCAAGUACAUCACGAUUUCUUUAAUAAUACCAAUAGUUUACGUAUUAUACCGCAAAGUUCACCAACUGACUAUUGUUAAAUACGACCGAAGGGAAAGCGCUGCAAGAAUGUUUGUUGGAUUCAAUAACAAAAAGGCUUUUUAAAUAUGAAGAAAGAAGCAUUAUCAGAAUUGGAACUAUUUUGGAUCCGAGGUUCAAAAAAAUCGGAUUCCGCAAUGAUUACAACGCUGAGCAAGCAUCCGUUCUUUUAGAAAGUGUGCUUGUCAUUACAUCACAGCAAAUCUCGAAACCCAUUGUGGAAUUGGAACCUACAACUUCAAAAGAAAAAAAAAAUUGUUUGAUUCUGUUGAAAUAAAAGCAAAUGAAAAACCAACCACCAGCCGAAGUGAUGCAAUAAUCGUAAAACGGCAAUAUCUAGAAAGAGGUGUAGCAUCCCAGGAUACAGAUCCUCUGAUCUGUAUACAAGUAAGGAUACAUAUAUAUUAAGUGAAAUUCAGUUUUUUGUUUAUAAUUUCAGAUGAACGAAAAAACGGAUCUGAAACUUAUAAAAACCGUAAUGUUUAAAUUUUUGUGCGUACCCGCCACAUCAGUGGAGUCCGAGCGCAUGUUUAGCAAGGCCGGACAAAUAGUCUUCGAUCGCUGAACUCGACUGAAGGAGGAAAACAUUAACAUGUUAUUGUUUCUCAAUAAGAACAAAUGGCUCUACGAAGAAGCUAAAUGAAAAUGUUUAUUAAUUGAAUGAAAUGGUUUAUUAAUUUGUAUAACACAAAGGCAACAAAUGAAAUGUAUUUUUUA